AUGGACAGAAACAACAGAGGAAAAGUGGGGAAGGAUAACGUAGAACUGGAUAGCAAUAAAAAUGGUGAUCUCUGUUGGUGGUUGUUGCAUAAAGGCCUUACAUCUUUGUUCCUGUGCAUUUCAAUGUUCGGAUUGUUGGUUCGCUGGACUGUCUCAUUACAUUCAUACUCUGGUGCUGGAAAUCCCCCCAAGUUUGGCGACUACGAAGCACAGAGGCAUUGGAUGGAGAUCACAGUUAACCUUCCUGCUCAAGAUUGGUAUAUUAAUAGCACAAAAAAUGAUUUGAGUUACUGGGGCCUUGAUUACCCCCCUCUUACUGCCUACCAAAGCUAUAUUCAUGGACUUUUCCUCCGAUUCUUUGACCCCGAAUCAGUUACCCUUUUUACCUCGCGUGGUUAUGAAUCAUAUAUUGGGAAGCUACUCAUGAGAUUCACAGUUCUGUCAUCUGAUCUCCUGAUAUUCUUUCCUUCGGUCCUUUAUUUUAUUCAUGCCUAUUAUGAUGUUCAUUCAAGAGGCCGUAAAGCUGAUGUUGCAUGGCAUAUUUUACUCAUUCUGAUCAAUCCGUGCUUGGUCUUGAUUGACCAUGGCCAUUUUCAGUAUAAUUGCAUCAGCUUGGGCCUGGCCUUGGCUGCUGUUGCUGCCAUUCUCUCACAAAGAGACCUGUUAGCUUGUGUUCUCUUCUGUCUGUCUCUCAACCAUAAACAGAUGAGUACAUAUUUUGCACCAGCAUUUUUCAGCCACCUCUUGGGUAAGUGCCUGAGACGAAAACAUCCUUUGCUUGAGAUUUCAAAAUUGGGGAUGGUGGUCCUGGGAACGUUUGCAAUGGUUUGGUGGCCCUAUCUUCAUUCCAGAAAUGCUGCUUUACAGGUUCUCUCUCGCCUCGCUCCUUUUGAGAGAGGGAUAUAUGAGGACUAUGUAGCCAACUUUUGGUGCACUUCUUCUGUUCUCAUCAAGUGGAAGAGGUUAUUUCCAACACAGUCACUGAGACUUUUCAGCAUGGUUGCCACCAUAUUAGCAUGUCUUCCUUCAAUGGUUCAGCAAAUAUUGGCUCCCAGCAGCAAAGGUUUCCUUUAUGGAUUGCUGAAUAGUUCUCUCUCGUUCUACUUGUUUUCAUUCCAAGUACAUGAGAAGUCUAUUCUGCUGCCUCUUCUUCCUGCAACACUCCUGGCGAUGGAAUGGCCUCGUCCAUUCAAGUUACUGACUCACUACGCUUUGUUCUCGAUGUUCCCUCUAGUAUGCAGAGACAAUUUGAUUCUGCCAUAUAUUGCUUUGUAUGCUCUCUGUAUCUUCCUCUACCAUCCACCUGGUGGAAGAUGGGAUGAAGCUACGAGGCAAGGCUCUACCCCUCUUUCUUUAGUCUCUGUUCUCUUGACCCUUGCUUAUCUAGGCUCACUUGUGCUUCAUAUUGUUUACUUGACUGUCCGUCCCCCAGAGAGAUACCCUUUUCUAUUUGAAGCUUUGAUAAUGCUUCUCUCCUUCUCUCACUUUGUUCUGUUUGCUUUCCACACCAACAUAAAGCAGUGGAUGUUAUCAGGACACCUGAUAGGAAGUGACAAAGGAAAGAAACAACAUUGA